AUGGCAAUGGCAAUGGCUUGCACCACCGAAAGAAAAACAACACCACCAAAUAGAAAUAGGUGGGCUGAUGAGCUCCUUCCUGAACUGUUUGAGUUGAUCUUGAAAAAGCUCGCUUCAAAUGUCCUCGACAUCAUUCGGUUUAAAGCCGUCUGUUCUUCCUGGAACUGCGCUGCUGCAAGAUCGUAUACCUCUGCCCCCUUGCCUCAAUAUCCAUGGCUCUUGGCCCCCAUGCCCAAGUUCUCUCCUAUUGAGAGCCGGUGCUUCUUCAGCCUUCCAGAGAAUAAGGUUUACAAGAUGGACUGGAAUCGGGAGAAAACGUUUCAUGGCGAUGGUGUUUCCUGUUUGGGUUCAUCAUAUGGGUGGCUGGCGAUUAAGGAGGUGUACACAGAAAAGAAAACCUACAACGAAUAUGAAGAAAUCGUUCAUCUUUUCAAUCCAAUUUCCAGAGAACGCUUGACGCUUCUCUUGGCGCCAAAACUGACUAGAACUGAUAAAGUUGUGCUUUCCUCGGACCCCUCCCGCAACAACAACUUUGUAGUUGUGGUAAUUCAUAGUCGCUUCUUUGAAAGGACAGGGUUAGCAUUCUAUCAGCAUGGCAGAGGAGGAGACAACGCUUCUGCUUGGAAUAACUUAUCACAUGGGAGUACCUGUGCCGAUAUGGUAUUCCACAAUGGUCAUUUAUUUACACUGUCCAUCGUCCACACAAUUCAAGUUUGGGACUUCAGGGGCACCCAUGAUAAUAAUAAUUAUCCCACGAAGAUCAUGAAUUUUCAACCUUCCAUCGAUGGGAAUGUCAAUAGCAUGGCGGUUGAUGAAUGGUUGGUGGAGUCAAUGGGUGAGCUUUUGCUUGUGGGGAAGGAACGGUUAGGGAAUGAUACCAGAGGAGCAGUGAAAUUUUUUGUCUACAAGUUAAAUAUUGCUGCCAAAACGUUGGAGAAGGUGGAAUCUUUGCGUGAUUGUGCUUUAUUUUUGGCCAGAAAUCAAUCUGCAAUGUCAUUCUCAUUAUCCACCAAAGAAUUGCCAAGAUUGAAAGAAAACUCUAUUUACUUCACAGAUUUGGAUCAUGUGCUUAAGCUGAAUGAGAGUUGUGAUAAUUUUAAUGAAAUUCAUGUGGGAGGAGUAUACAACUUAGAAACUAAAGUUGUUGAGACAUAUUAUCCAACUCGAGCGCCUAUUGAACUAUUGAGAGUUAAAGGCUAUGAAAUUGAAUACAAGCGCCAGUCUAUGUGA